CAGGGUUUAAAUUUGCUAAAAUGGCGCUGAAAGAAAAUUCUAACUAAUGAUACAAAAUGUCAAAUAUCUUGUACAAAUACGUUAAAUCUUAGAGCGAAAUUCUACCACAUCCAACCCCUAAAGCUUCAAGAUGUCACGGCUGGGUACUAAGACAUACAGUCGACCAAAUAAAUCGGAAGUGACUGUAGGAUCAUCAUGGGAUGACAUAGUAAAUGUCAAGAAGCCAGAAACUCUUCCUCCAAGUCCUCAGUCCUAUAAAUAUUCACGUUGGGGGAAGACUUCCUAUCAUGGUGCAAGGAAGGAUGAUAUCAUUCAGAAGAAAGCAGAAUCAUUUGGCGAAGCAGAUCCAUUUUCAUUUGGGGAAACUGAUGGUUCAAGUCCAAAGAAGCGUAAAGCUUCACCUGUUAAAACAAUACCUAAGGUUUCUAAAGUGUCAAAAACAAAUCAUGGCUCUAGUUUAUUCCCAAGUAGGAACAAUUCUACAUUGAAAACUUUAGAAACAAAUAAGAACAAAAAGCCCAUAGAAGAACAAAAAAGUAAAACUUCAUUGAAGUGUACCAAUGAGAAGAAAACUAACUCUAAGCCUUGGAAAACUCUAAGCCGGCCCAUCAAGAAUUCCAAAGAUAACCCAAAGGAUCACAAAAGACAGCUGUCAAUAGAAGAUGCUUUCAAACUCUCUACAAGUCCUACUAGGAUCGUCAAUAACAACAAAAGUCCCUCCCAAAGCCCUGAGAGAAAAUCAAGUCCUAGGACUAGCCCUGCCAAUUUAAGUCCUACAAGAAAAUUUUACUCAAAUACAAUAAAUGACCAUAGCUAUUCAAGUCCAGAAAGUAAGAAAUCCAGAAGUCCCCAGAAGAACUCACAGACAAGUAGUGGAUAUUCAGACCACUCAUAUAAUCGAAAUCCAGAUUUAAAGAAGUCUUCAGACAGUGAACGAGAUACAGAUAUAAACAUGAGUGACAGUGACUCAGAAGUAGAAUUUAAAUGGAAAACUAAAUCAGGAACUAGUAUAUACACCUCAAAAAAGUCUGAAUCAAAUUCCUCACAAUCAUCUAGUAGUGUAAAAUCAUACUCAUCAAUAUCAUCCUUAAAAUCAACAUUAUCGCCAUUAAAAAUGUCAAAGCCUGCAAAGUUCAAGCAGAUUGAUCUUAGCCCAACUAAACGGAUUACAAAGCCACCAAUAAGAAAAACAUAUACGAAGAAAUUCUUCUUGUCUAGAAACAAAAGUGCUCCCAUAUUAGGAGGCAGCCAGGAGCUAGGUGACAGUGAAGAAGAUUCAGUUAACAUAACAACCCAUUCCCCAAUUCCUGAGAAUAAUCUGAAGAAAAAUUCCAUGAAUGAUAGUAUUAACUUGUUAUCAUUGAGCACAAGUGAUAGUGACACUCCAAUAGAAGAGAACAAUGCUAAACUUACUGGUACUGAUAAUGACAGCGAUAUUGUAGAGGUCAAUAGUCACAAGUCCACUGAUGAUGAAAGUGAACCUAAUGUUGAUACAGAUGAUGAAAAACCUGCCAGUCCUGAUUCGAUAGAAUCAACUGAACUGAAACAGAAACCUAAACUCAGGUUUAAUAAAAUAAUUCAGUUGAGAGAUGAUGACAGAAAAACAUCAGUAUUGUCCAAAAAAGGGGGUGGCCAAAGAUCCAGCAAAAUUUUCAGCCCUAAAAAGUCACAAUCAAAGGUAUCCUACAAUGCCAGACAAUGGAAAGGUGGUGCUGAGGACGAUGGUGAUGAUGAGGAGCAACAGGCUGAGUCCAUUAAAUCCAGCCAAUCUCAGGGUAAUGGAGUUGCCGAUGACUUUGACAGGGAGCUUAACAAGCUACCAUCCCUCAAGUCAUACAGUAAACCCCCAAAGUUAAAACGAACAGUGACCUGGCCCACAAAAGCAAAAUAUGGCGAUCCGGAAGCUGUCAGUAAACUACAGAUAUCAAGACAUCAUAAAGAGUUGUAUACUGUGGUGAACAAUGUAAAAGAAGCUCAAGAGUGCCAAGAACAUGGAGAAACUCAGGAGUUCUUUGAUGAAGUGGAAUACAUACUUGAUGGCUUAAAGGAUACUGAAUCACUCUUCACUAGGUGUCUAAGUUGUGUAGGUUUGGCUCAGAAAUGUACCAUGUCAACGUUCAGAUGGCAUCUACGUGCUCAUGGGACUAUUGGCAAAGUAUUCAAUGCAUUACACGAUGCAUGCUCUUUCUCUAGUCUGGCUCUAGCCACCUCAGCUGUGAUGUUUAUGCUGAGUAGAGACAGGCUGACGAUGGACCUGGAGAAACAGACGCUCACCCUCAUGUUGCAAUUACUCAAUGUGGAUGCUAAGACAGCCACAGAGAAAACUAAAGCUGCUACGAAAGAGUAUGAUAAAGCUCGGCUGAAGAUAAGGGCUAUUAUUGAAGAGAUGCAAAAAGAGGGCGCUGCUAAGAACGUAGAUCUCAAUGAUAUAUCAACGGGCACACUUGCAAUGGAUGCUCUCCUGAGCCUCACUUCCAGGAAAGCGGGUGAUUGGUUCAAAGAUGAACUCAGGGAAUUAAGUGGUUUAGACCGCAUUGUAGAAACAGUGAAUGAAUCAUCAGAGAUUAUAGGGGAGGAAGAAGAGGAAUUGGAAGAGCAAAAGUUUGAAAAGUUGCGGCGUGUUGACAGGUGUCUCAGGGUAUUAGAAAAUGUAACAUUCAUGAACACAGAUAAUCAACAUUACCUGAUAACCUAUAAUAGUUCAUUGCUCAUUACAGCAUUAUGCAGUGUGUUAAAAAAGUGCAAAAACUGCAUGCCUCUCUACCCAGCUCCUGAUGUAGAGAAAGAGAAGCAGCAGAAAGAAUCUCCAAGCUAUGUGAUAUUUAACACCAUGUUAGGUGUAUUGAGGGUACUGCUAAAUCUAACACAUGACCAUGAGUGGGGUAGCUCCAAGGUUGGUGAACAGAAGGAUGUAUUACAGACUGUACUGUUAUGUGUGCUACAUACACCUCAAUAUGUGCCUUCAGAUCAGAGAUUUGACCUCCUUGUAUUGGGUUUGGGUCUGAUGAU